AUGAAGCACUCGAAACCAGAAUCAUUGCCACCACCUCCGCCUGUGAUUCCAUCCAAUUUUGCUCCGGCAAAAGUCGAUCAGUCAAACCGCCGUCCAAUGGCUAGGAGUGAACUUGGCACUAAAGGCCAAAGGAUCUCUCUGUUGACCAACCAUUUCAAUGUGAAAUUAAGCAGGAAUAAUGACCAUUUCUAUCAAUACAAUGUUGCGUUUUUCAAUGAAGAUGGAAAUCCUGUAGAGUCAAAAGGAAUAGGUAGAAGAUUACUAGAUAUGGUCCAUAAAACUUAUGAGUCUGAAAUGGGUGGUAAAGAGGUCGCGUUUGAUGGUGAAAAGACACUUUUUACAGUUGGUGCUUUACCAGGGACUAAACUCGAGUUCAUAGUUGUGUUGGAGAACGCCUCUUCAAAUAGAACUAUACGAGGUGAAACCAAGAGAUCAAGGCGUCUGCCUCAAUCCAAACCAUAUAAGGUAACACUAAGUUAUGCCACGAAGAUCCCGAUUCAAGCCAUUGUUAAUGCACUUGAAGGUCAAGAUUCUGAGCAAUUCAAUGAAGCUAUGAGGGUUUUCGAUGUUCUUUUGAGACAACAUGCUGCAAAACAAGGUUGUCUUCUUGUUAGACAAUGCUAUUUUAAGAACGACCCAAGAAACUUCAUAGACAUUGGAGGUGGUGUUAUGGGUUGCAAGGGUUUUCAUUCCAGUUUUCAUGCCACACAAUCUGGUUUUAGUUUGAACAUUGAUGUAUCGACUACAAUGAUAGUCAAACCAGGGAAAGUUGUGGACUUUCUUCUCGAAAACCAAAAUGUUUGUAGCAUCAGGGAGAUCGAUUGGCUUAAGGCAAAAAGAACGUUGAAGAACCUUCGUAUCAAGACCUUCCCCUCUAAUCUCCAUUAUAAGAUUAUUGGGUUGAGCGAAAAAACAUGCAGAGAACAGACGUUUUCAUUAAAAAAGAAUAAUCACGGAGAUGAGGCCAUUGAUAUAACAGUCUAUCAAUACUUUGUUGAGUAUCACCAUAAACAUCUCGAAUACUCUGCAGAUUAUCCAUGUCUUGUAGUUGGAAAACUAAAGAGCCCAACGUAUAUCCCAUUAGAGUUGUGCGAAUUGAUAUCUCUACAAUGCUACACCAAACCCUUAUCAAAUUCACAAAGAGCUUCACUUGUUAAAUCAAGACAGAAGCCUCAAGAUCAAAUGCGAGCCUUGAUGGGUGAACUGAAGCAAAGUAACUAUGAUGCUGAUCCUCUUAUUAAUGCCACUGGGAUUACAAUCAGCAAUACUUUCACUAAAGUUGAGGGUCGUGUUCUCGAUCCUCCAAAGUUGAAACUUGGGAGUGGAAGAUACUUGUUUCCUAGUGGUGGUAGAUGGAGUUUCAACAACAAGACAUUUGUUGAGCCAACAAGGAUCACACAUUGGGCGAUUGUCAACUUUUCUUCAUGUUGUGACAUGAAUACCCUUCGUAGAGAUCUUCCGAGGUGUUCCCAAGCAAAAGGACUUGAUCUUGAUCCACCAUCUGCUGUAAUCCAUGAGAAUUCUCAAUUUAGGUGUAGUCCGGCUCAUGUUCGUGUAGACAAGAUGUUUGAAGCUAUAAGACAAAGACUUUCCAGCCCCCCUACGUUUAUUCUAUGUAUUCUCCCUGAACGAAAGAAUUCAGACAUCUAUGCGAAAAUGCCUUGUGGACCUUGGGAUUGUCACACAAUGCAUUGCCCCGAUUAA